GAAGUUUCGCGCCAAGAUCGUGGACCUGGCUUGUCUGAAUCACUUCACACGUGAGCUGGCAGGGCUGCGGGGAGCGAGCGGAGAGAGCGGCUGCAGCCCUGAGUCAGUAACAUGAUAGCCAAACUUGCCAAAACCUGUACCCUCCGCAUCAGCCCGGAGAAGCUGAACUUCAUCCUUUCGGACAAGCUGGCCAGUGGUGGGGUGAGCAUGUGGUGUGAGCUGGAACAGGAGAACAUUUUUAGUGAAUUUCAGAUGGAAGGAGUCUCUGCAGAAAACAAUGAGAUUUAUUUAGAGUUAACUUCAGAAAACUUAUCUCGAGCCUUGAAGACUGCCCAGAACGCCAGAGCCUUGAAAAUCAAGCUGACUAACAAACACUUUCCCUGUCUUACAGUGUCUGUAGAGCUGCAGUUGUCCUCAUCCAGCAGUAGUAGAAUUGUGACCCAUGAUAUCCCCAUAAAGGUGAUUCCUAGAAGAUUGUGGAAAGACUUACAAGAACCCUCUGUCCCAGACUCUGAUGUCAGUAUUUAUUUACCAGCCUUGAAGACAAUGAAGAGUGUUGUGGAGAAAAUGAAAAAUAUCAGCAAUCAUCUGGUUAUUGAAGCAAACCUAAACGGAGAUCUGAACCUAAAGAUAGAAACUGAGUUGGUAUGUGUGACAACUCAUUUUAAGGAUCUUGGAAACCCUAUAUUACCCUCUGAGAGCGUCUCUCAAAACAGACACCCAGAAGACAUGGUCGAGGUGCACAUUGACAUAAGGAAACUCCUCCAGUUCCUUGCAGGACAGCAAGUGACUCCCACCAAGGCUGUGUGCAAUAUUGUGAGUAACAGGAUUGUUCAUUUCGAUUUGCUUCUGGACGACAUCUCCCUUCAGUAUUUCAUCCCAGCCUUGUCCUAGCGCCAUCUCAGCCGACUUAGGAGCACAGAGACCUCUGUCGUGAUGAGAGAAGCCCUGGAUGGUGUGCAGGGCAGCUGCCCGUCCUCAGUCCUCACAACACCACAGGCUUGCACUCCGCUCUUUCUCUCCAUGCUGGCGUAGGUACAAGUGAAAUUAAUGAAGCACAGUGAGAUAAUCAUUCCUUCAUAUUUCUCAAGACCAGCACUGUCCCCUUAUCCCGUGGAUCUAAGACGUGAAGAAGAAAAGACGGAAUUUUUUUUCAAGGGUCUUUUGUUGUUUUGUUUUCCUUUGGUGUUAGAGAUGAGAUCAGGGCCUUCUCUGUGCUAAGCAUGUGCUCUGCCACUGAGUUGCUCCCUAGCCUAUCUAAAGUUGAGUAGCAGUUUGUCACUGAUGUUUCAAGCUCAUCGUGUGUAUAGCAUUGGUGUUGCAGUCAGAAUUCACAGCAAUACUACUCAGCUAGUUCCCAGCUUAGUCCCUAAAAUGCUGCAGUUGUUUGCUUUCAGGUUUUCAGCAUGCUCAUCUCUCCCAACCGCCAUGUCUGGGAGCUCAGUGCAAACCAUGCAACCCCUCUGUCCCUGGCAGCAUGCCUGGUUUCUCACCAAUACAGCUACAACAUGUGGAACGUUGCCCAACUUACUGAAGGUUCAAGUUCACUUCCUUCUCACUGCCUGAAGAACCUCUCAGCCUGGGGAACCUGCAAAAUUUCACAGCCUGGAGAACCUUCAGAACCUCUCCUCUCAACCUGGGGAACCUGCAGAACCUCACAGCCUGGGGAACCUGCAGAACCUCUCAGCCUGGGGAACCUGCAGAACCUCACAGCCUGGGGAACCUGCAGAGCCUUUCCUCUCAGCUGGGGAACCUGCAGAGCCUCUCCUCUCAGCUGGGGAACCUGCAGAGCCUCUCCUCUCAGCUGGGGAACCUGCAGAGCCUCUCCUCUCAGCUGGGGAACCUGCAGAGCCUCUC